AUGCAGAAGCUAGACACCACUGAGGAACGCAACAAACGUCCAAAGUCGUCAGUCAACGUCGCCUUUAGUCGACUCCGUAACUCACAGGUGUACCAACAAGCGAUUCUUCUAGCGUUGAUAAACAAACAUUUCCAAGUCAAGCUCUUGAUACCAAUCAAGCGCUCAGUCCUGACACUUCAGUUGUUUAAAAUAGAAGAAUUAACAGAGGGAAACGACUGUAUCCGAGUCGAAGACUUUGUUGAGAAGCGGUGUCAAGAGAAGUUCAGCAAUGAUGUGAAACAAGGUAUAGCGGAAAAGACGGCAAAACGACGAUAUGAGACAAAUAGAACUACUGAACAAUUACACUUAUUAAUGGAUGUCCUUAGAGAGUUCGGAUAUAAGUUCGAGUCCCGGUAUACGUCCGGUAAAAAAGGCGCACAAAAGGUCGAAACGUUCAAUACCAUCUAUUUGAAUGAUGUUGUCGUGGUGUCGCAACAACAGAUCGUUGACCUUGGGACCAACAUCAAUGAAAAGAUUGCGGGAUUACUCUUUGAUAAGAGACAGUCCGAAGUCCCAAAGAACUGUGAUGAAAUCGCCAGCGCUAUGUGUUUUACUGAGUGUUCAUCGGAGAUGGAUGCUUGA